GGGUCUCCGGAAAUUAAGGUGAUUGUAUCAGCCAAUGACAUCCCGCAAAGUCAGACAGUGGAGGCAGCCACUGUACCUGAUCGGGCAAAGCCACAACACCUCCUGCAGGCUGGGUGGACCCCAGACUUUCCAGUGUUCCUUGCAGCUGCACAAAGCAGCCUCUCUCUCGCUCUCUCUUUUCUCUGUUGCCCACACUCUCAUUUCCCUUGUGUGUGUUGGGUGGUUGCCACUCUGCUAGAUGGCUGUGACUGCUCUGAAUAUUGUUUGUGUGGUAUUUGAUUUCUUUACUUUAUAUACACAGCAAUAUCCAAGUCCUGAAUGAUAGAUUACCUGUCAUCAGGAGAAGCAACGGAUGUGAUCAGGAGUGGUGCCUACGUAGGAGUAUUGCAAUAGAGUUUUCCUUCCAUCACCGGAAAAUCUUAAUCCAAAUCAUCCAUGCCCGGGGGUCAGUUUCUGGGUACAGCAACAAGUAGACUAGACAGGUCGUUUGUGUCCUCGUCCAGUCUCAUCGAUGGUCCCCCUCCAUGGAUCCGAACAGUAGCCAGACCCUGAAUGUCAGGAUUGCAGCUAACGGUCACCGUCACCGCAUUUAGGCACAACCACAUCUCUUGGAACAAAAGGAUAUUCUGAAACCCCCAAGAAGGGAAUGGACGACGUGCGACUCCACCAGGCUAUCCGAGCCGUGCGGACAUCCAGUCCAAUAGCGGCCAGUGGGUGCCUGGCAUCCCCAAUCCACUCCCGCCCCCUUUUAUUUGCUUGGGGGCUUUUUCCCUGCUGGGCCAGACUUGCCUCUUUUCCCCUUCUGCUGCUGCUGCUGCUGCUUCGGCUUCUUCUUGGUCUGCUUUUUCCCUUUCCUUUUUCUUUUCCUUUUCUCCCCCCUCCCCUCUUUCUUUUUCCCUCUCGGGUUUGUUUUGCAGAUCGUUUGUUCUUCUUUCUCCUCCCAAAGAAAGAUAUCAAAAAGAGGCCGGCGUGCCCUUUUCUCCCUCCCUCUCCCUCCCUCCCGCGUUCUCUUCUCACUCUGCAAACUUGACCACCGCUUCACUCUUUCAGCGGGCAUUCAUUGCGAUUGAAUUUGUUCCCGAACCCCCCUCCUUGAUCUCACCCUUACCGUCAAUAUGAAGGGUGCUUUCCUUGCCACUGCGGCUGCCCUCGCCGGUACCGCUCUGGCUGAUGGCGGCGCUCACAUGCGUCGUCACGGCCACGACUCUUUCCACCAGCGUCGUGCCGUUCAGGCUGAGCCCGAGGAGUCUUGCGGCUGCACCACCGAGGUCAUCACCGUCUGGGGAACCCCUACCCGUGAGUAAAUUCCUGAUUCCCCCCGCAUUCCAAUUGAUAUUAGUACCUAGUACUCGACGAUGAUGAUGUGGACGAUAAAACUGACCAACAUAUAGUCGUGCCCGCUGCGGUCCCUACC